AUGGUUCUCCGCGUGUCCAGCACUCCCGACGAGGUCGGAGCCGCCGUUGGCCAGCUCAUAUUUGACUUGAGCAAGCAGGCCAUUGCCACGCACGGUCGCUUCACAGUGGCUCUCUCAGGUGGUUCGCUGCCCAAGAUCCUGAACAAGGGCCUCCAGGCCAUCAAGGGCGACGUGGACUUCUCCAAGUGGUUCGUCUACUUUGCCGACGAGCGCUGUGUGCCGCUGGACCACGACGAUAGCAACUACAAGGCCUGCAAAGCGGCACUCUUCGACUUUAUUCCCGUGCCGGCAAGCCAGAUCUACACCAUCGAUGCCUCCCUAACGCCAGAGACCAUGGCAGUAGACUACACCAAGAAGCUGGCCGAAGUCUGGGGCAGCGACGUGCUCCCCAGCUUUGACCUAAUUCUGCUGGGCAUGGGCCCGGACGGCCACACGUGCUCGCUCUUCCCGGGCCACCCGCUCCUGGAGGAGAAGACGCUGUUCGUGGCGUCCAUUGAGGACUCGCCCAAGCCGCCUCCGCAGCGUAUCACACUCACGUAUCCAGUCGUCAACAACGCCGCCAACGUUGCAUUCGUUGCCACUGGCGCUGGCAAGGCCGAGCUGAUCCCCCACAUGAUCGGGGUCGAGAAGCGCACGCCACCGCUUCCUGCUGCCAACGUCAAGCCCACGGACGGCGUCGUCUACUGGUUCAUCGACGAAGACGCCGCCGCCAAGCUCUCGGACGACGCCAGAAUGUAG